UUUUUGUACUUGGAUUAUUUUAUUUGCCAUCAAUGGGGGGAGGAGACGAGGCGAAAAUACCCGAAAAUGAACGAAGCGCGCAACUCGGCAUAAGUAAACAUGGCGGCCAAGGCGCUUCGGCAGCGAAACAGACGAGGCAGCAGACAAGAUGCCAACAAUGUCCCCGCCGGCGCCGAGGUCCGUCCAGCUAAAGAGGAGAAAAUCAGUGAAGACAGUAAAUCCACAGAGACUGGGCCAGAGUUGAUAAGCCGUGGAGGACAGGUGUGGGCUCCAGAAGGCUCAACAGCAUUCAAAUGCCUUCUCUCUGCACGCUUCUGUGCAGCUUUGCUCAGUAACAUCUCAGACUGUGAUGAAACGUUCAACUACUGGGAGCCUAUGCACUAUUUAUUGUACGGCACAGGAAUGCAAACCUGGGAAUACUCUCCCCUGUACGCCAUCAGGUCCUAUGCUUACUUAUGGUUACAUGCGCUACCUGCUUGUUUACAUGCCCAUGUUCUACAGACUAACAAGGUAUUGGUGUUCUACUUUGUACGAUGUGUCUUAGCCUUCUGCUGCUGUGUCUGUGAACUCUAUUUCUACAAGGCUGUUUGUAAGAAGUUUGGUUUGCACGUGGGCCGUCUGAUGUUGGCGUUCCUUGUUCUGAGCACGGGAAUGUUCUGCUCAUCCGCAGCUUUCCUGCCUUCCUCCUUCUGCAUGUACACAACUCUGGUAGCCAUGACGGGAUGGUUUCAGGACUCAACGGCGUUGGCAGUUAUGGGUGUAGCCGCCGGUGCCAUUGUUGGAUGGCCUUUUUCCGUUCUAAUUGGGAUUCCAAUUGCGUUUGACCUGCUGGUGAUUAAGAGGGAGUGGAAAAGUUUCACCAUCUGGUCGGCUGUUGCUCUUCUUCUUCUGCUGGUCCCCUUGGUGACAGUAGACUCUCUGUUCUAUGGCAAACUAGUGAUCGCUCCACUCAACAUCCUCCUGUACAACGUGUUCACCCCACAUGGACCUGAUCUGUAUGGUACGGAGCCAUGGCAUUUCUACUUCACGAACGGCGUCCUGAACUUUAAUCUGGUAUUUGUUCUGGCACUGCUUUCCCUGCCGCUCACUGCUCUCAUGGAAACGCUGUUGCACAGGUUCAAUGUGCAGAACCUGGGCCGCCCAUACUGGCUGACUCUGUCUCCCAUGUAUCUGUGGAUGCUGGUCUUCUUCACUAGGCCUCACAAAGAAGAGCGUUUCCUCUUUCCCAUCUACCCGCUCAUCUGCCUCAGCGGGGCAGUAGCUCUCUCUUCUCUGCAGAAAUGCUACCAUUUCCUGUUCCAACGGUACAGACUGGAGCACUACACCAUCUCCUCCAACUGGCUGGCCUUAAGUGCAGUUGUUGUCUUUGCCGUGUUGUCGUUGUCUCGCUCGGUUGCCCUCUUCAGAGGCUACCAUGCUCCUUUGGACCUGUACCCAGAGUUCCACCGCAUCACCAAGGAUCCGGCGCUACACUCGGUGCCUGAUGAGAGACCCGUCAGUGUGUGUGUUGGUAAAGAGUGGUUCCGCUUCCCGAGCAGCUUCCUCCUGCCACACAACUGGCAGCUGCACUUCAUCCAGUCUGAAUUUAAGGGGCAGCUUCCUCAGCCGUACGCCCCGGGGCCUCUGGCCACACAGAUCAUUCCGGCUAACAUGAAUGACCAGAACCUGGAGGAGCCGUCCAGAUACGUCGAUGUAAAACAGUGCCACUACCUGGUGGAUCUAGAGACGGAUGAGGAGACGCCACUCGAGCCACGGUACUCAUCAAACAAGGAGGAGUGGAGCGUCAUUGCCUUUAAGCCUUUCCUUCAAGCAUCAAGGUCUUCUCCUGUCUUCAGAGCCUUCUACAUCCCAUUUUUCUCCGACCAUCACACCACCUACAGGCGCUACGUCAUCCUAAAACCCCGACGGCAAAAGCAGCCUCGUAAGCGAGCCAACGGCUGACGUUCAGAACGGAAUCCGACAAGAGAAGUUUGUCACGUCCUCUUUAAACAGCUGGCCUCUGUGUCAGCAUGCAUGUGAUUCACAUCAUCAGACUUCAGACCCUUUAAAGACGUUCGUCUCUCGUCUGCUGUUGUCAGGCUUGUGUUUGUGAGUGAAGAGAAAACGUGUACAGGUAGCAGCCAUCCGAUGGACUUUUUUUUUUUUUUUUUUUUUACUUCUUUUGUGUUUUUAUGUAUAAUUGUCUCAAUGAGGGAUGCUCUUUGCAGGAUGUUGCACUAAAUUCACCUGUAAUGGUCUGCAGCAUAAGUGUUUUUAUUUUUAUGUUGUACUUGAAAAUAUGACCUGAAUAGAAGAAUUCCUGUGAAAAUUUGCCCUAAGGCAUCCUGUAAAGGAGUAAAAAUAAGGGGUUGUCUCUAAAUUACCUUGAAAUAUGAAUAAAAAAAUUAUUGACUGCCAA